UGUUUGCCCUGGAUACCAUAGCCUUGCUGCAUACAAGAAACCGUUUAAGAUUGCCAACCUUAUGCAGUGUUCUGAUGGAAACCAGCUCUGGUGCCCCAGCCAGUCUCUGUGGAGCCUGAUCACUGAACAUGUAACUGGGUCAGAGCUGCCAAAGAUCCGUGCAGCACUGGGCCACUCCCUGAUUGACAUGUAUACAGAGGUGCACUCUGAGGCGGAGCUGUGGCACAAGAUGUGGCAGGAGAGCCAGCAAGGAAACAACGGCAGCAGCAGGGCAGGGACCCCGCUUCCACGGCAGCAGGCCUCCCCUCUGGCUGACCCCCCUGCAGUCAAAGAGCUGGUGAGAGCCGAGGUCAAGAUGUUACUACAGACCCUCAGAGAGAGAGCCAGCCAGAGGGGGAGAGAUGUUGAGGAGCUCAUGUUUCGGUACAAACCUGAGACGGUGGACUACGCUCUGGGUCACCUUGACAGCUGUUAUAGAAACUGCACCAACCCAGAAGAUGCUGAUGCUGGAAGCAGACCAAGCUCUCACUGUUCAGUCCAGUCCAACGCUGAAGAUGAGAUUGAGGCAAUGAGGGUCAAGCUGAAUGUCACUGACAUUGACAAAGUGGUGGAUCGCCUCAAGUCUGUCAUAAAGGAGGAAUGUGAAGCGCUGAACAGGCUGGUAAAGCAUUUAAAGGGAAAUAUAAGACAAAAGUGUCGGAGUCAGCGUGAUAGACCAGAACCGACACUUGCCGAGCUGAAAGAGCUCAGAGGAGCUAUUCAGGUGGACUUGGAGCUCUACCCGUCUUCGUUUGCUGCUUCACCGCCAGCGUCCUCCCCUCUCCCUUUGAAGGAACUGAAAAACAGGUUCAGACUCACGGACAGCAAAAGAGCACGUCAGACUCCAGUGGACCGAGGAAAACACAAACACCUAUUUGCAACAGGAUCACCCCUUCUGGGCAUGCAAACAGCCACUUCGCCACUUCACUUCCAGGGCCUGGCAGUGACCAGAUAA